AUGCGCCGUAGAGCCCAAGACGCAUGCCUGGUCUUCCUGGACCAGGAUGACGGAACACAGAGCUUGUCACGGUCACGAUGGGGACGAGGCCGAGUCCACUGGAACAUCCUGGAUGCCGCUGAGGCUGGCUGGCUGAGGCUGCUACUCAACUUUACGGCCAUCUACAUGUUUGGUUUUACUGUGGGCAGGGGAGUGCAAGUAUCGCGCCGAGUGGGGGUAUCAUUGACUGUCUCCAUGGUGUCUUCCAAAUCCCACCGGCCUUGCUGCUAG